AUCACUUCCCAGAUUUUCAUCAACAAAAAAUAAAAAAGAGGGAUUUUAAUUUUAGGGCUCACAACACCACCACAAAAAUCAUUAUUGCUUCUCACAAACCCUAUUUCACAGAUCUCCACAAGGUAAAUCUCUCUAAUUCAACUCUCAUUUCUGCUCAUCCUAUCCUAUAAUCGUUUCAUUCAAUCUGUUCAUCCGUUUGAUUUCAACUUAUUCACCGACGAUGAUUGUUUAAACCUUUGAAUUUCGAUCAAAUCACUUUAAUUUGUUGUUUGUUUCACUAUGGCUGAUGAUAAUCUAGUUGAAAUCACCGAACAAUCACUCGUUAAUCUAACAGAACAUCACUUACAACAUCAUCAAAAUCACCAAAAUCAACUUGAUUUAGUGGAAUCAAUUGAUUUAACAAAUCAUGCUUUAGUCAUAGGGCAAGAGUUUCCAGACGUUGAAACCUGUAGGAGAGCUUUAAAAGACAUAGCUAUAGCUUUACACUUUGAUCUCCGUAUAGUUAAGUCGGAUCGUAGUCGGUUCAUCGCCAAGUGUUCGAAAGAAGGCUGUCCGUGGCGUGUUCAUGUUGCGAAAUGCCCGAACGUGUCCACUUUUUCGAUUAGGACGCUUCAUGGCGAGCAUACGUGUGAAGGCGUUAGAAACCUGCAUCAUCAGCAGGCGUCGGUAGGUUGGGUUGCGCGGUCGGUUGAGUCCAGGAUUAGGGAUAAUCCGCAGUAUAAACCAAAGGAGAUUUUGCAGGAUAUACGUGAUCAGCACGGUGUUGCGGUUAGUUAUAUGCAAGCGUGGCGUGGGAAAGAACGGAGUAUGGCUGCGUUGCACGGUACGUUCGAAGAAGGGUACCGUCUUUUGCCUGCUUAUUGUGAACAGGUGAGAAAGUGUAAUCCGGGAAGUAUAGCUUCGGUUUUUUCUACCGGUCAGGAUAAUUGUUUUCAACGGCUUUUUAUAUCGUAUCGCGCGUCGAUUGUUGGGUUUUUAAAUUCCUGUAGACCGCUUUUGGAGCUUGAUAGAGCUCAUUUAAAAGGGAAGUAUUUAGGUACGCUUAUAUGCGCUUCGGCUGUUGAUGCUGAUGGUGGUUUAUUUCCUUUAGCUUUUGCGGUAGUCGAUGUCGAAAGUGAUGAGAAUUGGAUGUGGUUUAUGUCGGAGUUACGAAAACUUCUCGGUGUAAACACCGAUAACAUGCCUCGGCUUACGAUAUUAUCUGAACGACAACGAGGCAUGGUGGAGGCUGUCGAAACGCAUUUUCCAAGUGCGUUUCACGGGUUUUGUUUACGGUACGUGAGUGAAAACUUUCGUGAUACGUUCAAAAACUCGAAGUUGGUAAACAUUUUUUGGAGUGCGGUGUAUGCUCUCACGCCAGUCGAGUUCGAAAGCAAAAUAUCCGAAAUGUUGGAGGUUUCGCAGGAUGUUAUUCUCUGGCUUCAAGAGUUUCCACCUCAGCUUUGGGCUGUCGCGUACUUCGAGGGAGUCCGUUACGGUCAUUUCACGUUAGGCGUCACCGAACUUUUAUAUAACUGGGCGUUAGAAGGUCACGAACUUCCGGUUGUUCAAUUAAUGGAACACAUUCGUCAUCAGUUAACUACGUGGUUUGAAAACCGACAAAACAUGGGGAUGAUGUGGAACUCGAUCGUUGUCCCGUCAGCUGAAGCGAAGAUUCUAGAAGCCGUCGCUGAUGCGCGUUGUUACCAGGUGUUACGCGCAAACGAAGUCGAGUUCGAGGUUGUUUCAACUGAAAGAACAAAUAUUGUCGACAUAAGAAGUCGAGUAUGUUCAUGUAGAAGGUGGCAGAUAUACGGUCUUCCAUGUGCACACGCUGCAGCCGCGUUAAUAUCUAGCGGGAAAAACGCGCAUGUGUUCGCUGAUCAUUGUUUUAAAGUGGAAAGUUAUCGGGAAACAUAUUCGCAGAUGAUAUAUCCGAUUCCUGACAAAAGCCUUUGGAAGGAUGUUAACGAAGGUGCAAAGGGCGAGAUGGUAAUUCGGCCACCUAAAACACGUAGGCCACCGGGUCGGCCCAAAAAGAAGGUUCUUAGAAUCGAGAGUUUGAAACGGCCGAAAAGAAUUGUGCAGUGUGGCCGUUGCCAUAUGUUGGGGCACUCUCAAAAAAAGUGUACAAUGCCGAUUUGAGUGCUACCGCUACGCCCUCUGUUUUUCUAAUCUUUAUCAGUUUGUUACUUGUUUUCAGUUUUUUUGACAGUUGGCAUAGAGUUGUGUAUUUUGUAUGGUUAUCAAGUUCGAAAAAUAAUCUAUUUCUUAGUUUUAUAGUUU